AUGCGUUUUUUUCACUCCCCAAUCAUACCACCUAUACAAGAUCAAAACGUAACGACCACUUUGGGCACCCUGGUUCUGGUUGAUAGUGAAAUCAUUCUUGGUCUGUACGCGAAUGCGACCGAGCCAUUUUGGCCCCGGAAUGUGUCUGGCUUAACUAUGAACGAGAGCAUAUGGCUCACCGAGACCGAACGUUGUCGACGUAUGUUUGCCCAAAUCGACUCGAUUGCCUGGCAUCGAACAUGUGCACUCACCGGUCGUCUGGACCUGCUUCGUUCAUUUCCAUGCCGUUCCGGUGGCCUAUGUUUGGAGGAGGAUGAUCCAGGUCGCGUGUUAUCCAAGUCUCAGUUCACCUAUAUAGUACAAGAUUUGCGACAACCACGGUGA